UUACAGCUGGUGUUAGUUUGUUGUGACCUUCGACAGAUGUCUCUGUCAAAUUUUUAAAAUUUGAAUUCUUUCAAAAAAAUGUCAGCGUAAUGGUCCUUUGGAGUUAUUAUUAUGAUAAGUUCGGGGGAUAUUAAUAUUCAAAAUUUUCAGUCACUUAUUGAAAAUUAUGAAGCUGCUCUCAAGGAGGUGACCGGGGAUUUGGACGAAGUCCAAACCGAACAAAAGGCACUCAAGAGGGCCCUCCACGAAAAUAAUCAAUUGAGAGAUGAAUUAGGUCGAGUUUUUGCCGAUAAAAAUAAAUGUGAAGUUGAACACACUUACAAGGACAGCGAUUUGGUUGAAAAUUUGAAAAAACAGCUUCACAUUGUAAUUCAAGAAAAAGAACAAGCCGUCAAAUUAUGGCAAAAUGCUGCAUCCACUGUUGAACACCUAGAAUCAGAACUUCGCAUUUUUCAGGAAAACACCGAAGGAUUUAUUCCGAAAAAUCAACUCAUUCAAUUGAAAAAUUCGUAUGAAGCGAAAUUAAAUGAAUUGCAAGAUACAGUCGUUCGCACCAAAAUCAAAUUGGAAGAAACGAUUAACUUGAAGUCGAAAGAAUUGCAAAUUAAAGACAAAGAAAUUCUUGGGAGUCUUCAAAGUCAAGACAACACAUUUAAAAUAAUAAAAAAUCUCGAGGAUGAAAUUCUGAAUCUCCAACAUAGACUGAACGAUUCAAACGGAAAUAAAGAAAAGUUAGAAAAGGACGUGAGACUCAGAAAUGAAGAAAUCGAAACUUUGAAACUGAAAGUCAAAGAAUGUAAGGCUAAAGUCUCUGAAGCCCUUCAAGUCGUUGAAGCAGCUCUUAAUGAAAAAGAUGCGGCACUUUUGCGCGAAGCUGAAGCCAAAGAAGAAACAGCAAAACUUUCCCAAACUUUGACCGAGUUUAUCGACGAAACAGACUUAAAAGUCAGAAGUAUAAGAACUGACCAUGAGACCAGAUUAGAACAGAUGAGACAAGCAUUGGAAGCAAAUCAGGAGUUAGUGAGAGUAAAAGAAAUGGAAAUUGAAACUUACGCAAAAAAAUGUGCUUUGUUGGAAAAUCAAAUUGAGGAUUUUCGCAAAAAUCGGACUUAUGUGGACGAUGGGGGGACUUCGAAAAUUCUAGUUUUAGAAAAGAAUCUUGAAAAUACGUUUCAAAAAUUGUUGUUUUCAGAGAAACAAAAUAUUCAGCUCAAGUCUGAAAUGGAGGAUAUAAAGAGCGACUUGAAUCAAAUGUCUCAUUAUUAUGAGAGAGACAUUAACGCCAGAGAAGCUGAAAAAACAGCUCUAAAAAACGAAAUAAAGAGACUCAAAACGGAGCUCGAAGAAAGUUUCCUCAAAGUGUCCGAAAGCACAAUCGCCAUAAACGACCUGAAUGAGAAAAUGUCAUCCAUGGAAAUAAAUUUUAAAGAGCAGAUAAAAGAAACGAAAAAUUCCUUUCAACAGACGUGUCAAGAACGCCAAGAAAUGGAAACUUUUCACCAACAACUAGUCCAGGAAUUGCAAGAACAAUUAAUUUCGCAGACUGAAAUCAACAAGAAAUGGCGAGCCGAAACAAAAAACAUUACCCAACAGUUGGAAAAAAUAAUAACAGAAUUAAAAGCAGCAAACAAUAAAAUGAAACUAGAAAACAAAGUCCUUAACGAGCGUCUCAAGGACGCAAAUGUGAAAAUGUUCGAAUAUCGCAAAUUCCUAGAAAUGAUCUCACAUGACGUCACGAAAAUUACGACAGUAACUUUGCCUGAAAUAAAUGAGUGUGCUAGGUGAUGGUUUGUUCGCUUUUUUGUUAUAAAAUGUUUUAUUUAACUGAUUGUGGAGUCAAUACAUGCAUUAAAUAAACUAGGAAAGUA